AUGGGUGAUUUCAACAAGAACAAUACAAGCUGUUACAAUGGCAAUGCAACAUCCGUUUCUAAAAUGGUGGCUAUGAUUGUUGCUUGCAUUGGCCUUCCUUUGACUAUUGUGGCCAUCUAUGCUGUUUCCGUAAUGGUACGAAGUGGUCAUUUGGUUCCUGUCUACCUUAUUAACCUUCUCAUCAGCAAUUUUAUUCGGUUCUGUUGCUUGACUGUUAGGGCAGAGGUCAACAACGAAGAUAUCUGCAUAAUAACAAACUGCAUCCUUACAGUUGGUGUGUUGGUCAGCAUGUGCUUUAUGGUGUUUAUUGCUUUUGAAAGGUAUUUGGUCAUCGCUCAUCCCCUGUGGUACAAAUUCAGAAGAAAUGUUAAGACAUCCCUGUUGGUCUGUGUUGCAGUCUGGGUCUUUCCUUCCUCAUACUUUCCCAUAUGUUACUUUGAUAUUGAUUCUGCUGAACAUAUUUUGGCAAGUUUACAGUUGCUGCCAUUCCCUCUGCUUUUAUUUUUCUUUGGUGGCACACUUAAAGCCCUCUCUGCAGCUCGCAGUGUCCCAAAUGAUCAAAAACAACGAAUCUUAACAACUUUGGUACUGGUCUUGGUUUCUUACGCUCUGUUGUUUAUGCCCCGAAUAAUAUUUCUAGUAAAGGGAAACCCUUACGGCUCAAUUUAUGAUGUUGUGACUGUAAUUCCAGUAUAUGCCCCAUCACCUUCAACAGAACCUGGUCAGAUGGAGGAGGAGCUGAGUCUAGAGUCCCUCCACAAUACCCGGAUCCUCCUAGCAACACAAGUUCCUCCACCGAGCAGGAAAUCGGAGCAUCGUCGGGUAAAUUGGCAUGUCGCUAACAGCAAGGAGUGGACCAAGCUGGAUGAGGAUGUAGACAAGAGCCUGGAAGCCAUCUCAAAGGGCAACGCCGAACAGAAACUCCACACUAUGUGCUCCCUCAUCAUGAACAUAGGUGUCCAGCAAGGAGCAAGUAACCCAGCAAAGCUCAACUAA